AUGGUUCGGGCAAUACCCGACUUCCCACGGUCAGGGAUCAAGUUCCGCCACGUACUCAAUAUCAGUCAGCAGCCUGGCGGACUGGCGCUGUGCAUAUCCCUGUUGCAAACCCAUUUCUCCGGUGACCUGACCAAAGUCGAUGUCAUUGCGUGUUGUGAAGCUGGUGGCUUUGUGUUUGCGUCUGCACUAGCCUUACAGCUUAAUGUACGGUUGUUGCUCAUUCGCGAGGUUGGCAAGCUACCACCACCCGUAGUUUCCGUCACUAAGCCCAGAUCGUAUAUCUCGUCUUCAGCAUCCGACGAUCUUGAGGAAAAGCGGAUCGAAAUGAGCAGGGCUUGA